AUGAGGGCGCCGCCACACCGCCGCCGGCCGGCCGCCGGCCUGCCGCCACCCGUCCAACGAGGCGCCGGUGCUCCGCCGCAUCCCUGGAGGUUUCCCAUCCCAUACCCACUGCAGUCGCCGCCCAAUCUUGGACGCCCGAGCCUGCUUCAACUCCCUGCGUUGCUCGUCGCCGGUACCCAGUCAACCCGCUCCGUCAAGCUUGCUGCCGGAUCCAAGCCAGAGAGCCCAUUUCUCCUAGCUCUCUUCACCACGCCGGCUUCCUUCCUGACUAUUUUGAGUUUGUACAAUGUUUGGAGCAACUCUCUGCUCCCGAACGAAUCGCUGCUCCCGUUGGAAGCUGGCUACGGCUGGAUUCGCGAGAAGCUGGAGAUCACGGAGGGUGGAGGAGAAGGUCGGUUCCUCCAAUCCCUCCUUUCUUCGCCUUUUCCGUCCGUGAAUCUGUCCUUGCGGGUCGAUCUCGCGGCGGCCAUGGAGCCGGAUCUGGACAUGGCGGCCAUGAGAAAGAAGCUAGAGGAUGCGGUGCUCGGCACCUGGCUGUGGGACAAGGAGCUGGACUCCAUCGUGCAGGAACAGAAAGAGCGAAACGACGAAGGCGAUUACGAGUACUACGAACCAGACGAACCGCACGAAUCAGACCAAGAAGAAGAGGAGCUCCACUAUGGUGGUUCUUGGGGGUACGGGUAUACGUUCUACUACGAGGACGGGAACCCUUAUUACGUCGCCGACAUGGAGGAGAGGUGGGAGAAGAUGAUAAGGUGUUAA